CUAUCAUGGAGUCAGGCCUCAGUAGCNAGCACCAAGGAAUUCAUCUCACCUUUGGAUUACUCAAAAAGUGUUAAAAGAAACCAAUGGAUUGCAGGUCUUUCUGCGGCUUUGUCAUCAGCAGCAGUAGGUUGUGUACUUGCCUACCCUUCACCAGUGUUGGAACAGCUCAAGGAUGAGCUUACAGAGUCUGAGAAGGCUUGGGUGGCUUCUUUGUACCAUCUUGGAGCAUGUUUUGGGGGUACCAUGGGUGGCGCCUUCAAUAUGAGGUUUGGGAAGAGAAAGACUCUGGUUCUCAUCAUGAUUCCUUUCCUCAUUGGAAUCGGACUCUUGGUUGGG